AUGGAAAAGUCACGUAACGUGGAAUCGAAAACUGUUGCGAAAAGUGACGAUUUGCCGGAGACGGAAAGUGUUUCUGGAAGUGUAGAUUUGGACGAACAUUUGGCAGUAGUUCCGCCAUGGGAAAAACAGUUCUCUUCCGUAGAAUCGGAAGGAACCUUCUCUUCAACCACUUCUGAGCUUGAUAUUCCUCUCGAAAAACUUGCUAUAAAGGAAGAUGUUGCCAUAAAAGAAGAUUUUCAGGAUAUCCUGUUAAAAGGCAAAAGAGAGCUUGAAGCGACUGCUGCAGUAAAGAAGGUGGUUCAGUAUCUUUUGGACGAAACCAAAGAAGAGGGGAAGUACAACAAAGUAGAGUUUGAGACCAUUGGAAAAGCGAAAAAGAAGAAAGAUGCAAAAACCUUGGCUGCUGAGGAAAUGCUGGACAAGCUUUCAGGGGAAGACUCUGACAAUGGCAAAGAUUGUCUGUGGCGAUUGGAGAGGAUUCGAACUGGGCAAAAUGGGCUCUUGACAGCAGUUUCCAGUUUGCAGGAGUAUUGCCAGAAAUUUCAGCACGAUUUGCCUUUAUACGUGGAAGGCCCUGCGUGCGGGGCAAUGUUUUCCGUUAUCUGUAGGUUCAGUGGCAAACUUCGAUUGCGUGGAAAUGUUUAGUUUUGGUCGUCUGAAAUGGUGUGAUAGUUUUUUCACCUUAUCGUGAACCGUGAUGUCUGGGAAUGAAUUGAAAGCUUAAGCAAUCA